CACGGAGCACGAAGCGUGUGUGUCAUGUUGACUUUGGAAAAUGUCAACCGCUUUUCGAAUUUUGUUUUAAGCGCGAAAUAAAAAGAAAAAUCAUGAUUAGAGUCGAGCGACUCGUGAUACGAAUACGAAUUUUAUGAAGUGGCACGCAAACGAAUAGAUACGUCGGGUAUUAUCGUUGGUAUUCGCGCUCGCCGGAAAUAUAGGUUACAUUCGUCGUGGAUUUCUUCCUUCCUUUUUUUGCAUUUUAUUUUUUUUUUUUUUUAAUGGAAGAAACGACGUCCGAUUCGCCGAAAUCAAGUUCAGAUGAGAAUCGUAUCAAUGAACCAGACAUCGAGACGUCCUGCAAGAAUAUCAAUGACACGGAGCAUCAUAAUGGAGAACAUACACCGCAACAGUCCGAGAGAUACAUCGACAAUUCUAUUUUCAAUACCAUUUCCAAAAUUGUUAAUCCUGCUACGAAGGUACCAGAUAUACAGGAUUUUAAGAUAGUGAAGCCAAUAAGCAGAGGAGCAUUUGGUAAAGUAUUUUUAGGAUACAAAAAAUCCAAUUCUGAGCAAGUGUAUGCGAUUAAAGUGAUGAAGAAGAAUGAGAUGAUAAAUAAGAAUAUGGCUUCACAAGUAGUGAUUGAACGCAAUGCACUGGCUCUGACUCAUAGUCCAUAUUGCGUGCAACUCUUUUAUUCGCUGCAAUCUGUCAGCAGUGUCUAUCUAGUCAUGGAAUAUAUGGUGGGCGGCGAUCUAAAGAGUCUGAUCGGUGUUUAUGGCUUCUUGGAGGAGUCCAUGGCAGCAUUUUACACUGCAGAGGUAUGCCUGGCAUUGGAAUAUCUUCAUUCGCAUGGCAUUGUACAUAGAGAUUUAAAACCGGAUAAUAUGCUUCUCUCGCGCGAAGGACAUGUCAAACUUACCGAUUUUGGACUCAGUAAGAUAUCGUCCUUGCACAGGGAUCUCGAAAUAUCGGAUUUAGUAAAUCCGAUGACUCCCAGUCUAUGCACUAGGACACCCGGCCAGCUGCUUUCGCUAACAUCUCACCUGUCCUUCGGUUCCGGCCAGAAAUCCACUAGUGAAUCGAAUCUCAGCGAUAGAAGCACGCUAGCCAUGAAUUUACUUUCCACCUUGCAAAAAAAUUGCACUAAGUUUGCGGGACAUAUGUCGCCAAACUCAGUCAUUUCCUCUGUUGCAUCCGGAGAUUAUUCUCGAAUAUCUGGUGUCACACCUUUUCAAUCGGUAGAAGAUCUACAUUUCGAGCAAAGUAAUGAGGAACACAAUAACAUGGAAGAGGACAAGAACGUCAUUAAAAAGUAUGAAGACGGUCCGGAUAGUUCUAGCAGCUAUUACACUUGUGAAGCGUCCUCUUCGGUCCCAGCAAGCAAUCAAGAUAUGGGGGAGGAGGAGGAAAAGGAUGAAUCUACGCUGGAGGCAGAAAAGUCUCAGCAGCGAUCUCCUGUACAUGUCAGUAGUCCAGUAAGCACUUGUGUGAAUUCAUUCAGAGAUCGAAUUCGGGGUUCGAAGAGGAAGCGGCCCGGUACAUGCACAACGACCGGCUUAACGUGCGAGAUCGACGCGAUGGAUCUUGAUGUCGACAAAACACCCAAGAGAAAUAACCGCGACUCUAUAUUUCCUUAUACGAGUCCUAUGAUCGAUGACACCUCAGCAUACAUUAAAACAACGGACAUUACCGUCGACUUGGCAAAUAACGAUGGGAGCAAGACACCAAAUCAGGAUACUGAACAGAAUGCAGGGUCUGCAGGUAGAGUAGCUUUCAGUACGCCGGUGUCCUCUGCUAAACGAAGAGAUUGCAAUGAUGAGAAACAGCAGAAGCUACAGGAAGAGGAGGAGGAUGCGAGGACUUUAAUAAAGACGAGAUUUCGCCUACCGCCAUCCGCUUCGCAUUCCGUGCCCGAUCUACAUUCGGAUCUGAACAACACAUCCGAAGAUCAUCGUGAACCGCAAGGUAUCUCGCCCAUCAAGACACCUGCGACUUCGGGUAAUUGUUAUACGCCCUACAGAACGCCCAAAUCUGUGCGAAGAGGCGGUCAAGCUGGCACCAACAGAUCAGACGAUCGCAUACUCGGGACGCCUGAUUAUCUUGCUCCGGAAUUACUGCUUAGACAGGGUCAUGGACCGGCUGUUGACUGGUGGGCGUUAGGCGUGUGCCUAUAUGAAUUCUGCACGGGCUUGCCGCCAUUCAACGACGAAACACCGCAAGCAGUGUUCGCGAACAUUCUCGCGCGCGAUGUUCCCUGGCCGGAAGACGAGGAGGCUUUGUCAUCGGCAGCAACUGAUGCCAUCGACGCGCUGCUCACCUUGGACCAAACGGCACGACCAUCGGCAAAGGAAGUGCGCGCCAUGGCCCUUUUUCGCGAGUUUCCCUGGAACGAGCCGUCAAAAGCGGUACCACCAUUCAUCCCGCAGCCGGACGAUAAAUACGAUACGUGCUACUUUCAAGCGCGGAAUACUCUGCAACAAUUGAAUAUAAGUAAUUGCGAUACGUAGCCUUCUACAUAUUGUAUGCAGACGUGGCAAGAACGGAAGCCUAUAAUGUGUCCAAACUGUUAUUAUAUAUAACUUUAUUUUUUUUAUAUAUUUGUAUGUAUAGCAAUAUA